CAUAGCGCCAAGUUGGCAUAAGUGCAUGAACGCCAACACAUUACAAUACCACAAAUAAUUCAUCUGCGGGGAAAGGUUGCAACAUCACCAACCGUGGCGUUGCUUAGCAACGCAUCUUCGGUGCCGUGUGGAAAAUACAACAGCGACAGUCAUACACGCAGGUGCUGAAAAAGUUUUAAUACCAGUUUCAUGACGACGGAUCCGGCUAAAUAUCAUAAUACUUGUGCAGGGAGUUGGAUGUCUCAACUAGAAUUAUCUUCUCUGUUGUUGCAUUUACCGAUUCUCUUCAUGGAAGCCUUCGCAAUCAUCGAUGAUGACAGUUAAUGAUUUUGAUAUUUCUGAUAAGGUGUUGCAGUAAAUUCUGUUGAUUUUGUUGUGACAUUCCUGGGAAAUUGUAAAGGAUUUUGUUGUAUUAGGAUUAGCUAUUGUAGUGAUAAAUCACACAAGGCGAGUUUUGACUUGAAAGCAUUGACAACCUCUAUUUCACCAGAGGUCUAUGCGCCUUUGAUAGCUACUAAACAUUAAAAUUGUUGGUUACAGAUAAUUUCCGAAUCCAAUUCGUUGUGUAUUUCGAGGAGCGAGAAGUGCAGUUUCAUUCAUAAUUUGGUGGAAUCUAUCAGAAGGGUAUUUCGCUUUUCGGAAUCUCGCUCUCUCGAGACGGAGAAUCCAAUCUUCAUUAAAGACUGAUUCUGGAUAAUAGCUGCAGGAAGGGUCUAAAAUGGCGGCAAUAACCAAUAUUCAGUACCCGUCGGCCCAAUUCAGUACGCAAAUCUUGGGAAGUUACAGCAACUUCUUGUUUGGCGGUGCAGGAGGCGACCGAGAACAGGCUCAGAAAAAGACCCUCCGCCUGACUCUACCGACCAUCGAAUAUGGUGAUACCUACAAUAGAUACAGCCUCAAUGCAUCAGAAUUUCACGGAACCCCUCGCAAGAUGUACAACCAACAUGUCAACUCCUUAUGCAGCGAGAACAUCCAAGCACCCCUCGGCAACCAAGAUCCGCCGAAAACAGCCGAAACGCUCGGAAAGACUUCGGAAAACGUACCGACGUCGCUGCCACCAUGUAACUUGGCAACGUCACCAACAAAAGGUUCUACUGCACACAUGAUAUACAAGCAAUACAGGCAGUUGUUCACCAGCAGGGGUGGUGCUGAAAAUAGCGAAGACAGAUACGUCCAUUCUACGAAGAAUAGCCGAAAGUUGCCGGACUUUCCCGGAGUCAGGGCGAGUCCAGCGCCGAUGUGCGAUCGGCGAGAGGAGCAAGUCAAACGCAAAUCGGCCAAAAUGACUCGAUGCGACGUCCGAUGGUACCCGAACACAGCCGAAACCAUCACGCAGAAUUGGGACCGCACGUUUACGUAUUCGGAUACCGACGUUACAUUUCGGGAACGGGUAACCGGAUCUCCAUCGAAAGUCCUAUCCACUGUAAUUCAACUGCCGACUAUUUUUAGUGACAAGACAACAUCAAGGGACAAGUACAUCGUGAAAUGGUUGCAUUCGGUUCCGGAUAAUAAUCCGUACUCGCAUAGCCGAUGUAACAGUAGAAUGGAUAGGAAACUUGCUACUCCAAUGUCACUCAAAUCAGUCGAUUCUUAUUUCAUUGACACGAGUAUGCAUGCAAAACCCUCAGCUUAUUCCCCCUAGCUGAGAUCGGACGACAUAAAUGCAUGCGAAGUACAAUUUAUAGUUGGAGUUUUCAAUAUAGACCUACCCGGCAAAAAUCUGCAACGAUUUCUUCUCCGGAACAGAUGUGUUUACCUUUGCCCUAGGAGAUCAUUGUAAACGUUAAAGUAGUCAGGAUGCGAUGUAUUAUAAUCAUGGAUUGGCAAAUUUAAUAGGUCUGUAGGCUAAAGAAACAAGAAUUUGACAACAU